ACGCUGAUCUCCUCCUGUCCUAAGGUUAAAAAUGGUACAUUUUCUUGCGUAACAGGUGGAAGUCGGUUGUUUUGUGUUAAUUGUCUGCCUCCUUUAUUGGCUUGAUUUAAAAAUCAGCGCACGUCCACCACUUUUUUACGCGGCGCGCUUGCGCGUAACGGAGCCGGGAGCUGUCCAAGUGCUGAAAUGAGAAAAGACAUUGCGCUCCCAUUCCUCAACAGAGAACAGUCCUCCACCUGCGAGAUACCUCACGAGUGACAACACCAGAAGGCGGAGGUGGCUUUAAAUUUGAAUUUAAAAAUUUAAAAAAAAAAUCACCUCCACUCUUCUUUUCUGAGGCGGAGUUUUUUCUUUUCUUUUCUCGACGUUCCAAAAACAACACCGAUGUUUCCUCGCACCUUUUCCAGAGAUCUAUUUUUGGGAAGCAGAGUUUCAUGAAAGUAAACCAUGAUCUACGGCUACGACUUGGAAUGUUUCGCGUAUUUCUGUGCGCCGCAGGAGCAGCAAAACGCACGAGAUUGGCUCAGGAAGAACGCGGAACCCCUGUUUUUGGAUGAUGCGUCUGACCAGUGCAAACAUAUGGAAGAAAUACAAAAAGUGAACAUAUGAGAAAUCCCAGAGGAAUGAAUCGCUCCUUUGUUAUUAAAGUCCUGACAGCUUUGUGUACGUAUUUCAUGGAGACGAGCAACUUCAGAGUUGUGGAUGCCAAAGAGCACGAUUCCAGAUCAUCCUCUAAUAUGUCUCCAUCAGACUUUCUGGACUCACUCAUGGGUCGCACGUCCGGGUAUGACGCACGAAUUAGACCGAAUUUUAAAGGUCCACCAGUUAAUGUUACCUGCAACAUAUUUAUCAACAGCUUUGGUUCUAUAGCAGAAACUACAAUGGAUUACAGAGUGAACAUCUUCCUUCGGCAGAAGUGGAAUGACCCUCGGCUGGCGUACAGCAAAUACCCAGAUUCUUCACUCGACCUGGACCCCUCCAUGCUGGACUCCAUAUGGAAGCCCGAUCUCUUCUUUGCCAACGAGAAAGGUGCCAACUUUCACGACGUCACCACAGACAACAAGCUCCUGAGGAUUUUCAAGGAUGGAACCGUCCUUUACAGCAUCAGGCUGACUCUCAUUCUGUCCUGCCCAAUGGACCUAAAGAACUUUCCCAUGGAUGUCCAGACUUGCACAAUGCAACUUGAAAGUUUUGGCUACACAAUGAAUGAUUUGAUCUUCGAGUGGAUGGAGAAAGGAGCCGUGCAGGUGUCAGAGGGGCUCACCCUGCCUCAGUUCAUUAUGAAGGAAGAGAAGGAGCUCGACUACUGCACCAAACACUACAACACUGGCAAAUUUACCUGUAUUGAAGUUAAAUUCCAUCUGGAGCGACAGAUGGGCUACUACCUGAUCCAGAUGUACAUUCCAUCCCUUCUGAUUGUUAUCCUCUCCUGGGUGUCUUUCUGGAUCAACAUGGAUGCCGCACCUGCUCGAGUGGCACUGGGUAUCACCACUGUGCUGACCAUGACCACUCAGAGCUCAGGCUCCAGAGCUUCACUUCCAAAGGUCUCAUACGUGAAAGCCAUUGAUAUCUGGAUGGCUGUUUGUUUGCUGUUUGUAUUUGCUGCACUGCUAGAAUAUGCUGGAGUUAAUUUUGUCUCCAGGCAACAGAAAGAGUUCCUUCGUUUGAGGCGACGGCAAAGAAGGAAUCAUAAGGAUGAUGACAUACGUGAGGGUCGCUUUAAUUUCGCUGGCUACAGUAUGACCCAGUGUCUGCCCACAAAGGACGGCACGGCUGUUAAAAACGCAACACCAGUGCAGAACCCUCCACCAUGCACCCCAAAGGACACGGACUCCAUGAGGAAGAAGUUUGUGGACAGAGCCAAGAGGAUAGACACCAUCUCCAGGGCCGCCUUUCCUAUGGCCUUCCUCAUCUUCAACAUCUUCUACUGGAUUACCUAUAAGAUCAUCAGGCAUGAGGACAUCCACAGCAAGUAACUCUAACUGCAAGUAACUGAGAUUGUGACUGUGAUGAGAUGAGAUGGGACACAAUGGUGAUGGCCAUGUUCUUUCAGGGAUAACACAUAAUUGUUCAGCAUCAUGUUUUGACAAACAGCUCUUGGAAAAUAGUCAGAACUCAAGGUCAAAUACGCUGGAGACGACUGACCAAAUUCUCUUUAAAAUAUCACUGCCUUCACAUGUGCACAACCAAGGAACAAAGUUACAUUCCAAGGAUUUGUAAUUAGAUGCUAUAGUCUGACCUUUACUGCAAACGGGGUAUUUCAUAUUGAGGAUGUUUUAUAUGGUAUGACUAUUGUGUCAAUUCUGCACUGUUUACACACAAAUUAAAUCAGCAACCUGUGACCAUAUGGAACAGCGAGCAAACAGAGACAACCCGAAAACACCGGGCAGAAGUUAUAUCAGCAUAAAUCUGCAAAUGAGUAUUGCAUUUUUAAGAAAUUGCUACAGCCUUAGAUAUGAAAAUGUUCUUUUUGUUUGGUGGUCUGUCAGAGCCAAAUACAUAAUUUAAACUUCUACAGGAGGCCAGAUAUCUGGGGGAAUUGUAUUUUAAAUCAUAUUUAUGGACCACAGAGGUCUCCUAAAAUCAAUGUACACAGUGGUUUUGAAAGCUAAUUUUCACUUUAAAAGAACUGAUAAAGUGCAUUGUUAUAGACCAGAUUAUGACCAAUUUAUAGCAAA